AUGCCUGAUCGGCCGAGCGGUUUUGGACUUUGGCCGAGACUUCAGACGGACGGACAUUUUGGCCGAGAGCGGAACAUGCGUUCCUCGGCCGGCCGUUCUGCGCGGUUUGGGCGUCGAUUCUCGAUAGAUCGGCUUUGGACAGUCUUCGCUCUUUUGGCUAUAAGUCCUUUUCUACUCAUCCAAAUGAGGCCGUUCCAGUUGCGUUGGAAAGUUAACUCAAUCAGAGCACGCAGGGAACUAGUCUUGAUGAAAUCCAUUGAGUAG